AAACAAAGGAGAAAAACCUCCGGUCACGACAGCCCAAUUUGUCUUCCAUUCUUCCCCCACAAAUCCUGACUUUUUUUUUUCCAGCUCUAAUUUUUCAGAUCUGAAAAUUGAGACCCCUUUCAUCAUCGCGAAGAGCGACUGAGGGUGAUGCCUAAAUCUUUGUAGGAAGGAUCUCUGCCUAUCUCCUUCUUUCUUGGCUCGCCUUCAGGCGGCUUGUGUGCCGAUCUAGAUCGGCUACGGUCCUUCUGGGUUCCGAAUCUCUUCCGCGGACGAGAUGCCUGUGGCGGCAUCCGCUAUUUACUUCCUGAAUCUACGCGGCGAUGUUCUCAUCAAUCGCCUUUACCGCGACGAUGUGGGCGGGAAUAUGGUGGAUGCAUUUCGGAUUCAUAUCAUGCAGACGAAGGAACUUGGCACAUGUCCUGUUCGCCAAAUUGGAGGCUGCUCCUUUCUCUACAUGAGAAUUAGUAAUGUAUACAUAGUGAUCGUUGUUAGCGGCAAUGCCAAUGUCGCUUGUGCUUUCAAGUUUGUUGUGGAGGCUGUUGCAUUAUUUAAAUCAUAUUUUGGUGGUGCAUUUGAUGAAGAUGCCAUUCGGAAUAACUUUGUUCUGAUUUAUGAGCUUCUUGAUGAGAUUAUGGAUUUUGGAUACCCCCAAAAUCUUUCCCCUGAGAUUUUGAAGCUUUACAUCACUCAAGAAGGAGUUCGCUCACCAUUUUCCUCCAAGCCCUCAGAUAAGCCUGUCCCGAAUGCAACUCUCCAAGUUACAGGUGCAGUUGGUUGGAGACGUGAAGGUCUUAUGUAUAAAAAGAAUGAGGUCUUCCUGGACAUUGUUGAAAGUGUUAAUCUUCUUAUGUCCUCCAAAGGUAGUGUUCUACGUUGUGAUGUGACUGGAAAGAUUCUCAUGAAGUGCUUUCUUUCUGGGAUGCCUGACCUUAAGUUAGGAUUAAAUGAUAAGAUUGGUCUUGAAAAGGAAUCACAAAUAAAAUCCAGGCCUAUAAAAAGUGGAAAGACCAUAGAACUUGAUGAUGUCACUUUUCACCAAUGUGUAAAUUUGACGAGGUUCAACUCAGAAAAGACCGUCAGUUUUGUGCCUCCUGAUGGUGAAUUUGAAUUGAUGAAGUAUCGCAUAACUGAGGGUGUAAAUCUACCUUUUCGUGUGUUGCCAACAAUCAAGGAAUUGGGUAGAACACGGAUGGAAGUAAAUGUCAAGGUUAAGAGUGUCUUUGGGGCCAAAAUGUUUGCUCUUGGUGUUGUAGUGAAAGUUCCAGUUCCUAAACAAACUGCAAAAACAAGUUUCCAAGUAACAAGUGGUCGAGCCAAGUAUAAUGCUUCCAUAGAUUGUUUAGUGUGGAAGAUCAGAAAGUUUCCAGGACAAACUGAGUCAACUAUGAGUGCGGAAGUUGAGUUGAUUUCAACAAUGGUGGAAAAGAAAUCAUGGACACGGCCACCUAUUCAAAUGGAGUUCCAGGUUCCAAUGUUUACUGCAUCAGGCCUGAGGGUCCGCUUUCUGAAGGUAUGGGAGAAGAGUGGGUAUAACACAGUCGAAUGGGUUCGUUACAUCACGAAAGCAGGAUCAUAUGAGAUCAGAUGUUAGUUUUUGAUCUGCUUAGAAACAGAUAGAGUGUGAGCUUUGGGGGGCGCCAAAUGAUUUGGAUAUUGAUAACUCAGCAGUGGUUCAGAUAAGAUGAUACAAUUGUUGUUUCACAUUGGAUCCUUCUACAAGUUUGAGCUCGAAUAUAUGUAAAAAUGUUGAAUGAAAUCCAUUGAACAACCCAUCUGUAUUUCCAUAGAAAAAAGCUAUUCUUUUGUAUGAUUUUACCUUUUUGGUGUUGUCCUUUUGGACUUGAUUGUCAGAUGUUUCAGUUGGAUAAUAGUGAGUGCUGUUCGUCAUGAGAUUCAUCCGAAAUUA